AUGCAAAAAGGCCAGAAUAUUUUGCUUGUAGGUGCAGGAGGAAUUGGAAGUGAAGUGGCGCAUCUUCUUAUUAAGGGAUACACCGGGAGUAUUACUAUUGUGGAUAUGGAUAAAAUUGAACUGUCUAAUCUUAACAGGCAGUCUUUCUUCACCUUGCAGGAUAUCAGCCAGUAUAAGGCAGAGAUUCUCUCUAGGUCAAUUGCAGCUCUAUCUUCGAAUGCAAUAGAGUCAAGAUUCUUCACCCAGGAUAUAACAAGUGCUUUUUUCACUGUGGAGUUCUUUAAGAAGUUCUCGUGCAUUCUGAGCUGUGUGGAUAAUAUUCCUGCACGAAAGCACAUCAGCAGAAUGAGUGUUCUUUCUGGCGUGCCUGUGAUAGAAAGUGGCACUGCAGGAUACGAUGGCGAGGUAUACAUAAUAUUCCCAAAAAAAACCGAGUGCUAUGAGUGCAGGGAAGUGUCAGAUGCAAAGGUAUAUCCGAUCUGCACCCUUAGAAGAACGCCCACUGAGUGGCACCACUGCGUCCACUGGGCAAAGUAUGACGAAGUGGGCAACCGCGGGGCAGAGGACACUCUAGAGUCGAUCCACAGAAUAUCAGCAGCGCGCGCUGUGCAGUAUAAUAUAGAAGUGCAAGAUAUUUCUGUGACAAAAGAGAUACUUGACAAAACAAUUCCCUCAGUUAUUACAACAAAUGCCUUGGUAGCGAACCUGAUCAUUCUGCAAAUGGAUAUGCUAGAGAAAGGAGUACUUCACAAUAUAUACUACCUAGACCGCAAUAGUAUACGGCGAGUUAAAGGCAUUGCUCCGUACGCCAAAUGCAGAGUAUGUGGGCCUACUGCGCACACUAUAGAAAUAGAAAAAACAACAAGCUUGCAGGAUAUCCUGAGACACCUUCAGAUUGAAGUAUGUGAAGAUACUGUUGUGCUAAAGGACACCUCACUUAUAUACGACACUGAAUAUACUGAUCUACUGUGUACUCCUCUUAUAUCUCUGGGCGUGCAAACUGGUACUAUUCUAAAAGUACUUAACAACGAGAUAAGCCAUAUGAUAUAUAUAAGUGUAAACGAGUCUCGUACUGCACGCCACAAUUAA